AUGACGGCUUCCACCUCAGUCUCCCGCACCGUCCUCCGGCCUGCUUGCCGACGCUUCCUCGCCAGUCACACCCGCACAUUCGCCACAACACCCCGCUGCCGCAACGACGACAACCGCGAGUUCGGCGUCGGCGAGCUGCAGGGCAUCAAGUUCCGCGUCGCGCCCCUCCGCCGCGUCGGCGAAGACGACCAGACCAAGCGAGCCCGUCUCCUCUACCAGUCCCGCAAGCGCGGCACCCUCGAAUCGGACCUCCUCCUCUCCACCUUCGCCGCCACCCACCUGCCCACCAUGUCGGCCCAGCAGCUCCACGAGUACGACCUGCUGAUGGACGAGAACGACUGGGACAUCUACUACUGGGCCACCCAGCGCGAGUCGCUCUCCUCCACCAACCCGUCCACCAAGGAGGACGUCGUCGCCCGCGAGCCCCCCACCGGCGAGUGGGCGCAGACCGUCGGCAACUUCCGCCCCGCGUACCGGCCCGUGCCCCAGCGCUGGCAGAAGAGCCAGAUACUGGAGCUGCUGAGGGAGCACGUGAGGGCGCGGAGCGUGGACGGCGACAAGGGGAAGGGCAUGGGCUUCAUGCCCGCCUUGGGGGAGCAGCAGUGA